UUGGAAAUGCGAGAAAUGAAAAAAAAGAGAAAACGUUCGCGUGAAUGUUUUAGCAGUUCUAAAAGCAAAUGGGCAAACGAUGCACAUUUAGAAUAUAAAUGCAGAACUGACCUUUUCAUUUCACUUGUGUAUGAGUGAGGGAAGGAGCUCACGGCCCCAAGGGAAAGCUGACCCAUCCUAAAGCCAACUCCAGGAGCUGCACUCCACCAGGCAGAGCGGGCACCUGCGCUCACGUGCACAGGACGUGUCAGCAUCUUCCACGUCGGCAGCGACAUGAAAUUGAGCGAAAGGAACUGGCUGCUUACAGAACCCCUUCACAAAGGUUUCGUUUGUACCCAGCAUGCUGGAGAGCACGUUUUUCUGAGUCCUCUCCUCGCCUGCUGCUAAAUACUGAAUGAGUGCUUCUGUGCGCGUGUUGCUUUUUCAAGCGAACGGUAUUGAAAAUAAAUGAAGAGAAGUGCCCUCCUUUUCAAGCGAUAGUAAUCUGAGACUUUUCCGUUACAUGAGGCUCUCCACAGAAGCGUGUAAUUCCACCAGCUUUGUUUAGGAAGAUACCACCAACUCGUGUGGUGCAGCGGGGCGCGGGCAGCCAUCCCACACGCGGCCCUUGGGUUGGGUGCUGCCGCCGCGCCGGGCGCUUCCAGCGGAAGGAGCCUCCCCGGCGUCCCACCGCCAGCCCUGCUCUUCCCCAGCUCCACCGCCCCUUCGCCCUUGGUACAGCCUACGUUUCCUCCACUGUGCCGUAUGGUAAUCGAGUGACAUCAGCCUCCGCCCGGGCGGCUGCUGAUUAUAUUACAAACCAGCCGUAAGGUCUGAGGUGUGCGCGACUCCUGGGAGCGCUGCUGGGACGGCUGCGCGUGGCUCUGGGCUGAAACGCAAGCUCACUUUUCUUUAGGUUAGUUUCACCAGAGCUGGGCAUUUGAAACAAGAUUGAAGCACUGUAGUGGAGCAGAGAAAAAAAAGAAAAAAAGCAAAAAACAACCACCACCAAAAAAACUCUUCCUGGUGCUUUAAGUUUGAAUCUGUUACAGAAAACGUGCCGCCAACCCACACCGCUGGAUUUUGAACCGGAGCUGCUAUUUGCUCGGGGCUCAGUUGAGAGCAUUUUCUCAGGGACCGAAGCCAAACUCCAGAGGAAGCUGGGAUUUACCUGGAUGUGGGGUAGAGAAACCCGUGGUUUCUUUAUGCUGCAGUUCAUCGUAUCCCUGUGUUACCUGUAAAUGGAAUUACAGAAAUCAACCAGUAUGCCUGGGCCGUUGUCCCCAGGAUACGCAGCUCAGGUGCCCUAUAACUAUAAUCAGUUAGAAGGAAGAUUCAAGCAGUUACAAGAUGAACGUGAGGCAGUUCAGAAGAAGACUUUCACCAAGUGGGUUAAUUCCCACUUGGCACGUGUGUCAUGCAGAAUUACAGAUUUGUACACUGACCUUCGCGAUGGAAGGAUGCUCAUCAAACUCCUGGAAGUUCUUUCAGGAGAGAGACUUCCCAAACCAACUAAGGGAAGGAUGCGCAUCCAUUGCUUGGAGAAUGUUGAUAAAGCCCUGCAGUUCCUGAAAGAGCAACGAGUACACCUGGAAAACAUGGGAUCUCAUGAUAUUGUGGACGGGAAUCACAGACUGACACUUGGCCUUAUUUGGACUAUUAUCCUGAGAUUCCAGGUGAGGAUGCAUACAUUACAUGCAUACCUACACACCAACAGAUUGUACAGAGCUGCAGUGGAGGUGCUGUAUUCAUUGUGUUGUCUUUGUUCUGGCAGUUACCCCAAUGUCAACAUUCACAACUUUACCACAAGCUGGAGGGAUGGAAUGGCUUUCAAUGCACUGAUACACAAGCACAGGCCUGAUCUGAUUGAUUUUGACAAGCUGAAGAAAUCAAAUGCACACUACAAUCUGCAGAAUGCUUUUAACCUUGCUGAGCAACACCUUGGUCUUACUAAGCUCCUGGACCCUGAGGAUAUCAGUGUUGAUCAUCCCGAUGAAAAGUCAAUCAUCACCUACGUGGUGACAUAUUAUCACUACUUCUCCAAAAUGAAAGCUUUAGCUGUUGAAGGAAAACGCAUUGGAAAGGUGCUUGACAAUGCCAUUGAAACAGAGAAAAUGAUUGAAAAAUAUGAAUCGCUGGCUUCUGACCUUCUGGAGUGGAUUGAGCAAACCAUUAUUAUCCUCAACAACCGCAAAUUUGCCAACUCACUUGUUGGUGUGCAACAGCAGCUGCAGGCAUUCAACACCUACCGCACAGUAGAGAAACCACCCAAGUUUACAGAAAAAGGAAACCUGGAAGUGCUGCUUUUUACCAUCCAAAGCAAAAUGAGAGCCAACAAUCAGAAAGUAUACAUGCCGAGGGAGGGCAAACUCAUCUCUGACAUAAACAAGGCCUGGGAAAGACUGGAAAAAGCUGAACAUGAAAGAGAACUGGCACUGCGAAAUGAGCUCAUCAGACAAGAGAAACUGGAACAACUUGCACGCAGAUUUGAUCGCAAGGCAGCUAUGAGAGAAACUUGGCUGAGUGAAAAUCAACGUCUAGUUUCUCAGGAUAACUUUGGCUUUGACCUUCCAGCAGUAGAGGCUGCAACCAAAAAGCAUGAGGCCAUUGAAACAGACAUUGCAGCAUAUGAAGAGCGAGUCCAGGCUGUGGUUGCAGUUGCAAAGGAGCUUGAGACUGAAAAUUAUCAUGAUAUCAAACGCAUCACUGCAAGAAAGGACAAUGUUAUACGCCUGUGGGAGUACCUCCUGGAGCUACUCAGGGCACGAAGACAACGGCUGGAAAUGAAUCUUGGCCUACAAAAGAUUUUCCAGGAAAUGCUAUACAUUAUGGACUGGAUGGAUGAGAUGAAGGUGCUUCUGCUGUCACAAGACUAUGGCAAACACUUGUUAGGAGUCGAAGACCUGUUGCAGAAACAUGCUCUAGUGGAAGCUGACAUUGCUAUUCAGGCUGAGAGAGUGAGAGGGGUCAAUGCAUCUGCUCAGAAGUUUGCCACCGAUGGAGAAGGUUACAAGCCAUGUGACCCACAGGUUAUUCGGGACCGCGUCGCUCACAUGGAGUUCUGUUACCAAGAGCUGUGCCAGCUCGCAGCUGAGCGCCGGGCCCGCUUGGAGGAGUCGCGGCGCCUCUGGAAAUUCUUCUGGGAAAUGGCUGAAGAAGAGGGUUGGAUCAGGGAGAAGGAGCAGAUCCUUUCAUCUGAUGACUACGGGAAGGACCUAACCAGCGUCGUCCGUCUCUUGAGUAAACAUAAGGCAUUUGAAGAUGAAAUGAGUGGUCGCAGUGGCCACUUUCAGCAGGCGAUAAAAGAAGGUGAAGACAUGAUUGCGGAAGAGCAUUUUGGGUCUGAGAAAAUCAAAGAAAGAAUUAAGGAUAUUCGGGAGCAGUGGGCUAACUUGGAACAGUUAUCUGCCAUUAGAAAGAAACGUCUGGAGGAAGCCUCUCUCCUUCACCAGUUCCAGGCUGAUGCUGAUGACAUUGAUGCGUGGAUGUUGGAUAUCCUCAAAAUUGUCUCCAGCAAUGAUGUUGGCCAUGAUGAAUAUUCCACUCAGUCCUUGGUUAAGAAACACAAGGAUGUUGCUGAAGAGAUUGCAAGCUACCGGCCAACCAUUGACUCGCUUCAUGAACAGGCAAAGGCUCUACCACAAGAGCAUGCCGGGUCUCCAGAUGUGCAAGGCAGGUUGUCUGGGAUAGAAGAAAGAUACAAAGAGGUUGCUGAGCUGACUCGGCUGCGUAAACAGGCUUUGCAGGACACCCUUGCUCUUUAUAAGAUGUUCAGUGAGGCAGAUGCUUGUGAGCUUUGGAUUGACGAGAAAGAGAAGUGGCUGAAUAAUAUGCAGAUCCCAGAGAAACUGGAGGACCUGGAAGUGAUCCAGCACAGAUUUGAAAGCUUAGAACCAGAAAUGAACAAUCAGGCUUCCCGUGUUGCAGUAGUGAACCAGAUUGCAAGACAGCUAAUGCAUAGUGGCCAUCCAAGUGAGAAGGAGAUAAAAGCACAGCAAGAUAAGCUCAACACAAGAUGGAGCCAGUUCAGAGAACUGGUAGACAGGAAGAAGGAUGCUCUGAUCUCUGCCUUAAGUAUCCAGAAUUACCACCUUGAAUGUAAUGAAACCAAGUCCUGGAUCAGGGAGAAAACCAAAGUGAUUGAAUCCACUCAAGAUUUGGGUAACGAUCUGGCUGGAGUGAUGGCUCUGCAGCGGAAGCUGACAGGCAUGGAACGUGACCUGGUAGCCAUUGAAGCUAAGCUCAGUGACCUGCAAAAGGAGGCAGAAAAGUUGGAAUCAGAGCAUCCUGACCAGGCACAAGCUAUCCUUUCACGGCUUGCAGAAAUCAACGAUGUAUGGGAAGAAAUGAAGACCACCCUGAAAAACCGGGAGGAGUCUCUUGGAGAGGCAAGCAAACUGCAGCAGUUCCUGAGAGAUCUGGAUGACUUCCAGUCUUGGCUAUCCAGAACACAGACUGCAAUCGCCUCCGAAGACAUGCCAAACACACUGACAGAGGCUGAGAAGCUGCUCACUCAACAUGAGAACAUUAAGAACGAAAUCAACAAUUACGAGGAAGAUUAUCAGAAAAUGAGGGACAUGGGUGAGAUGGUGACACAAGGGCAGACUGAUGCUCAGUACAUGUUCUUACGCCAGCGCCUACAGGCUUUGGACACUGGAUGGAAUGAACUUCACAAAAUGUGGGAGAACAGGCAAAAUCUCCUUUCCCAGUCUCAUGCCUACCAGCUCUUUCUCAGAGAUACCAAGCAAGCAGAAGCAUUUCUUAACAACCAGGAGUAUGUUUUGGCACACACAGAAAUGCCCACUACCUUGGAAGGAGCAGAAGCUGCUAUUAAGAAACAGGAGGAUUUCAUGACCACCAUGGAUGCGAAUGAAGAAAAGAUCAAUGCAGUUGUAGAGACGGGCAGAAGGCUAGUUAGUGAUGGGAACAUUAACUCUGAUAAAAUCCAGGAGAAAGUGGACUCUAUUGAUGACAGGCAUAGGAAGAACCGUGAAGCGGCCAGUGAACUUCUGAUGAGACUGAAGGAUAACAGGGAUCUUCAGAAGUUUCUUCAGGAUUGUCAAGAGCUCUCACUCUGGAUCAAUGAGAAGAUGCUUACAGCCCAGGAUAUGUCUUACGAUGAGGCAAGGAACCUGCACAGCAAAUGGCUGAAGCAUCAGGCAUUUAUGGCAGAACUUGCAUCCAACAAAGAAUGGCUGGAGAAGAUUGAAAAGGAGGGAAUGCAGCUCAUUGCAGAGAAACCAGAGACUGAAGCUGUAGUGAAAGAAAAGCUAACGGGUCUUCAUCAAAUGUGGGAAGAGCUCGAAUCCACUACUCAGACCAAGGCUCAGCGUCUCUUCGAUGCAAACAAGGCGGAGCUUUUUACCCAGAGCUGUGCUGAUUUGGAUAAGUGGCUGAAUGGUUUGGAGAGCCAAAUUCAGUCGGACGACUACGGAAAAGACCUCACCAGUGUCAACAUCCUAUUGAAGAAACAGCAGAUGCUAGAGAAUCAAAUGGAUGUUCGUAAGAAGGAGAUAGAAGAGCUACAAAGCCAGGCACGGGCUCUAAGUCAAGAAGGGAAGAGUACAGAUGAAGUAGAUGGUAAACGCCUUACUGUUGAAAAGAAAUUUUUGGAGUUGUUGGAGCCUUUGAAUGAAAGAAAAGCCAACCUGCUGGCCUCCAAAGAAAUCCACCAGUUCAACCGGGAUGUGGAGGAUGAAAUUCUGUGGGUUGGAGAGAGGAUGCCUAUAGCAACAUCUACUGAUCAUGGACACAACCUCCAGACUGUGCAGCUACUGAUAAAGAAAAAUCAGACACUUCAGAAAGAAAUCCAAGGGCAUCAGCCUCGUAUUGAUGAUAUUUUUGAGAGGAGUCAAAACAUUAUCACGGACAGUAGCCCGAAUGCUGAAGCAAUUCAGCAGAGACUUGCAGACUUGAAGCAGCUGUGGAACCUCCUAAUUGAGGAGACAGAGAAACGCCACAAGCGCCUGGAGGAGUCCCACCGGGCACAGCAGUACUACUUCGAUGCUGCUGAGGCUGAGGCCUGGAUGAGUGAGCAGGAGCUUUACAUGAUGUCAGAAGAGAAAGCCAAGGAUGAACAGAGUGCAGUAUCCAUGUUGAAGAAACACCAGAUUUUGGAACAGGCUGUGGAAGACUAUGCUGAGACUGUGCACCAGCUUUCAAAGACCAGCAGAACUUUGGUGGCAGAUAAUCAUCCUGAAAGUGAGCGUAUCAGCAUGCGCCAGUCCAAAGUGGAUAAGCUGUAUGCAGGCCUGAAGGAUCUAGCAGAAGAGAGAAGGGGCAAGCUGGAUGAGAGACACAGGUUGUUCCAGCUGAACAGAGAGGUGGAUGACCUGGAGCAGUGGAUUGCUGAAAGGGAGGUGGUGGCUGGAUCCCAUGAGCUGGGACAGGACUACGAACACGUAACGAUGCUGCAGGAGCGAUUCCGAGAGUUUGCCCGAGACACUGGAAACAUUGGACAGGAGCGCGUCGACACCGUGAACCACAUGGCUGAUGAGCUCAUCAACUCUGGACAUUCAGAUGCUGCCACAAUUGCAGAAUGGAAGGAUGGUCUCAAUGAGGCCUGGGCUGAUCUCCUGGAGCUCAUUGAUACGAGAACACAAAUUCUUGCAGCCUCUUAUGAACUGCACAAAUUUUACCACGAUGCCAAGGAAAUCUUAGGACGCAUUCAAGACAAACACAAGAAACUGCCAGAAGAGCUUGGUAGAGACCAAAACACAGUGGAAACACUACAGAGAAUGCACACAACGUUUGAACACGACAUCCAAGCGCUCGGCACACAGGUAAGACAGCUCCAGGAGGAUGCUGCACGCCUUCAGGCUGCCUAUGCUGGAGACAAAGCUGAUGACAUCCAGAAGAGAGAAAACGAGGUCUUAGAAGCAUGGAAGGCGCUGCUGGAUGCUUGUGAGGGCCGCAGGGUUCGGCUGGUGGACACAGGAGACAAAUUCCGUUUCUUCAGCAUGGUUCGGGAUCUCAUGCUUUGGAUGGAAGAUGUCAUCCGGCAGAUUGAAGCCCAGGAAAAGCCAAGGGAUGUUUCAUCUGUUGAACUACUAAUGAACAAUCACCAGGGUAUCAAAGCAGAAAUUGAUGCCCGAAAUGACAGCUUUACUACCUGUAUCGAGCUCGGCAAAUCUCUUCUGGCAAGAAAACACUAUGCAUCAGAGGAGAUCAAGGAAAAGCUACUGCAGCUGACAGAAAAAAGAAAAGAAAUGAUUGACAAGUGGGAAGACAGAUGGGAGUGGCUGAGACUGAUUUUGGAGGUGCAUCAGUUUUCAAGGGACGCGAGCGUGGCUGAGGCCUGGCUGCUGGGCCAGGAGCCCUACCUGUCCAGUCGUGAAAUAGGACAAAGUGUUGACGAAGUGGAAAAAUUAAUUAAGCGGCAUGAAGCAUUUGAGAAAUCUGCAGCUACUUGGGAUGAGAGAUUUGCAGCACUGGAAAGACUGACCACGUUGGAACUGCUGGAAGUUCGUCGACAACAAGAGGAAGAGGAGAGGAAGAGAAAGCCACCUACUCCAGAGCCAAGCCCAAAGGUUGCAGAAGAUGGAGGCUCCCAGCAGCAAUGGGAUGGGACAAAAGGAGAACAGGUUUCCCAAAAUGGUUUGCCAUCAGACCAGGAAUCUCCACGGGUUAGUUACCGCUCCCAAGCCUACCAAAACUACAAAAACUUUAUUAGCAGACGGACAGCCAAUGACCGAUCGUGGUCUGGACUGUGACAUACAAUCAUUUGCAGCAAAAGACACCUUUUUUUUUUCAGUAUGGUCUACUGGUACUGGUUUAAUCUUUUGGCUUCAGAUUUCCCUGCUGCUUUUCUCUUCCUUCCCAUCAGUUGACUUCUAUUUAAUUAGCAGAUCCUUGGAGAUAUAUUUGUUUCACUUUAAUCCUUGUUUAUUUGAAUAUCCCCACUGACACUCAGUUGCUUUAAGGUGACACAUUUAUUUCAUGUUAUUUACUAUGAGUUUUUCAUGUUGUUAAUAGUAUUAAGAUUUUCCAGCUAAACCAUCCUUUUAUGAGUAAUUGAGAUUUAAUGAGAUUACAUCAUAAUGAAGAAGAGAACUAGAAUCUGACAGGUAUGACGCAUCGAGUUGUACUAACAGGUUUCAGCACGGCAACGUUAUUAAAUCAGCUGCAUUAGCAAGUGAGUUAUUCACAAGGCCAAAGACAAUACCUGCAAGUGAGCUCAGCAGUGAAGGCUAGGAGGGUGGGGGGUGUUGUAACUACCAACAAAUUAAAAGCCUUAAGAUUAGCUGUAUAACAUUCCAUGUAGAAUGGACUCAUUGACUGCAGAUAAAAAUAAACAUGAAAUAAAACAAUAAAAAAUAGUUUCUAGAUUUAUCUUGGUAUUUAGUCCUAAUGAAGAGUUGUGAUCAUACUGAGUAGCUGUUUUGGGACCCCAUUUAUUCUCCUGUCCAAUUUAUGCAACAGCAAUUUUGUUUCCUGACCCUGGAGAUAAAGUGGUAUAAAUGAGAGUAGGUUGUGGACCCUUAAAAGAGGGGUUGUCAUGCUUUUCUCUGAAAGUGAAAUAAAGUACAUUGGUCUAAGAUUCCAGCUCUGUAUUUUCUAUAAUGUGGGCUGAAUUGUCCAUUCAGUCCUUUUUGACAGAGGAUAUUCCAGUGGAGUCAAGAUGCAUGCCAAUAAGUAGAAAUACCAGUAAAUAUGUAUAUGUAUUUAAAGCAACAAAAGAAUAGCAAACUGGCUUUACCCCUUCAUUACCUUCCUGCAAAGCCAACUUGUUUGAAACCGAUGCCUAGAAUCAUGGGGAAAAUCUCUCAUGUUGUCUAUUGUGUUUUUGAACCUCACUCUCUGAUGUCAUACUAAGCUCAGGAAAGGCUCCUGGCAGGCUCAAGUCAAUGGGUAUCAGAGCUCCUACCAGUAGCACAGGGGAAAUAUGGGUCCCAGUUUAGGACUGUGGGAAGAAUGCCUUCCAGCUUAAGUUCACCUUUCAAUUUGUGCAUCCAAGUGACUUCUGAAUCUGCACACUGUUAAUGCUGUAGGAUAUUAAGCAGUUCUGCCUUUUUCUUCCUUUAGAUAAAGACUUUUAGUUCAUCUUUAGUACUAAGAAGGAAGUGAGAUAACUGUUGUACACUCUGAUGUUUAUCAACUUGUAAGUAGUUGUGGCAGGGAACAUGAGGUGGCCUGCAAGCACGCCCCACAUCAUCAUCAUCUUGUUGCUUAUCGUGGUCUUGUACACCACCUGUUCCUUCCAUUUUUUAUUUUAUUCCCAUGAAACAUAAUGCAUUUCUGUGUUAAUCUUUGCCAUCCACACUUCAGUCUUACAGAAGAGCUUUUUUCAUUGAAUCUUGUGUUGCAAUACAUCAGAUGUACACAGCUGUAUUAUUUCUGACCUGAGGCUCAAGACAUGCUGUUGGUCAAAAUGUAAACUUCUAGCUGAUCAGUGCAGCUCAUUCAUUCUGUGUUGGCUGAGAUCGUAAAGAGGGAGGUGAUGGAAAGGAUGUGCUUCAGUGAUUAUACUUUGACUGUAACUUGUCUUUCCACUUCAUGAUGCAUGUUUUUUUUUUCUUUUGUCAGGAUAACAAGAUAUAGAUUCUUAAUGCUUUUAAAAAUUCCAUCUAAAAUGAUGCAAAUGAUCUGGUGACUACCUACACCAGCGUUGGUUCUCUGUGCCUUUAGGACUGUGACAGCUGUAGAGCAGUUUAGCUGUAGCUUCAGACACCACAGUCUGAAAAUACUUCAGAUAUAUUCUGGCUAAAAAGUAAUAUGUAAAAAGUAAUUUAUAUAGAUACAUUGAUACAUGGGAAUUAUACUUUUAUGAUUAGGAGAAAUAAAUUAAGUCAUCAGUUAAGGUCAUCAUUUUAAGCACUAGGUGUGUAAGAUUUUACUGAUACAUUAUGGCCCGCGGUUCUGGCUUGGAACAUUAAAAGGAUACUGAGGCCAGAACAACAUACAAGCUGUCACUUAUUUACAUCUGAAAAGGCAAAUAUGUCUCUAUUACUUAAGCUGUGGUGCAGAGGCUUAAGGUGAUGAACUGAAUAUAAUGUUGCUUUAAGCACUAUGAAAAUCCAAGGCAUGUCUCCAGUCAUUGUCACCGGCUAUUCUGUUGCAUGUAAAACAGCCCUGAGUUAAGAACACCUCAGGAGCAGCCUCUAGCCACUAAAGCACUUGCAACUAACCUCUCAGUCACAAUUAAGACAACUGUUUUCAUGUACGUGAUAACUGCUUUGUUGUAACAGUACAGUUUGCUAUUAAUGUUUGUCUUCUGUUGCGUUGUCUCUGCAUGCCCAGUGCAUGUUUCCAUUAAAGUUUGUUUAGCUCCCGUUUUCCUCUAUUUUCAUUACACAUUCUUUGCAAACCUGUUUAUGAUUCAGAUUUAUUUUGCUUGUUUUCUGUUAAUUGUAGAUAACACAUGGAAAGGAAAUAAAACCCGAAAGAGCAUCAAUAAAGCUUUUCAUAGCCCUUUUACAAUCAGUAGCAUUUUAAGUAGAUAUAACAGGUCUGAUUGUGUAAUUAAAGUUGGCAUUUGUCAUUUAAAACCAUAGGCUUGCAGAUUGCAGCACUGAAUUACACGUUACUUCCCAUAAAAACAUUUUAAGUAGCUUUUGUAGUGGCUGCUGUUCUGGAACUUGUCUUUUUUUAUUUCAGAUUAAUUGUUAGGGAUACCCAAAAGCGUUUAAUAAUUACUUUCACAUCUUGUCUGUAUCAGUACAGAAAACAUCCUACUUUUAGCACUGGUUUAGCUAACUGGUAGUUCUGGGUAGUUUACGUAAGGUGGUGCUGAGUUCCUGUAGUCUGUGCAGCACGCAGACCAUGCGAGUGUCCAGUAAUUCUUUGUGGGCUUUGUGUAUCUCAGACAGGGAUCCUGCCAGUUUAGAAGAGUAUCUCUGAAGGGCCUUCCUUUUUCUUGAAUGUGGAAUGUUGGGCAUUAGUGAUCAGCAGUGGCGAUGAAUAAUUAAUUGAGCACUCAUUGGUGAAUCGCUGGCUGUGUGACACAACCUGUGUUGCAGUAGCAGUGCCGGCAGUGUUUGGAUAAGCUUCAGUCUCAUCUAUUUGUUUAUUUUCCCCCAUCCCCUGCCCUCCUUUAAUGCAAGAUUUUUGUUUUAAGAUUUGGAUAGAAAUAGCCUGGUUUGAUGGCUUUGACUUACCCUGAUUUUGAAGAGAUGGUAUCAUUGAUUUUUACUCCAUCUGGCUGCCAUUAGAUAGAUAGAUUCUUCAGUAGCAGCGUAGAUAUUUCUUCUAAUAAACUGAGCUGUAAGGCUGUGUUUCUGUAGGGACAGAGUAAAAUAGAUAUGACUGCAGUGGAAUGUGAGCUGUGAUUCUUUCCCUGUUUCAGUGGUGUAGUGUCUGUACUCUGGAAAUCUAGAUUGCUUAAAGGCAGUUAACCAACCCUUCCCAUGUCCAUAGCAAGUUGACACUUAGAUCUUUCUAGGUCAAUAUGUGAGGUACAAAGGUGUGAGGUACAACAAUGUAUACUUGGCAGGUACAAGAAGUUCUAGCAAACAGUAGCAAAAUUUAGUAUGUUGCAUAAUUCGGCUGCUUUUGAAUUGUCCGGGCUAUGUGCAGAAGUGGGAAUGUCUAAUUAUUGUGCCAUUCACAAAUACCUGCUUGUCUGCAUAAAAACAGUCCAGAAUGUUUGUAAUCUACUAGAGCGUUAGCAGCACUAAGCUUGAGUAACUUGCUAAUAAUAAUAAUACACACUGGUUGUGUAACUCCUGAGCUGCUACCAAUGGCUCUACGUGUCAAAGUAAUGGUACGAGAAAACAAACAAAAAAAACUGGGACCAAGCUGCAUUUCAAAAGUGCAUAGCCAUUAGGAUUCCAAUUUAAAUGAUUUUGGGAUGAAUGGCUCCUGAAGACGUCGAAAGCUUGACCAGUCAGAGCUGCUGGAAACAUGGCUGCUCUCUAGGCUAUCUCGAUCACAGUGCGACAGGCAACGCGAUCAACAAAGCAAGUGAUGGGCAAGGCCUUGGUUCUGUCUUUGUUUGGGGGUAAAUAGCUGUGUGAUGUUGUGUGACUGUGGUGGUUUUCAGUUCCUUUAACAAAAAUCCAAUCCUCCUAAUAAUGAAAGUCUGAAAACGACUUUGAUAAAUGAUGUAUGACCUCGUUUCCCUUGUCUUUAAGAUCGAAUAUCUUAACUGGGAUGCUGGAGAUGAAAUGCAUGGUGUAAUCUCUCUAAUUUCUGCAUGUUUUGAUUUUGUUGUGUCACUAGAGGAAUGGGGAAAGUGGGAAAGGAGCUUUUACAGAAAGAAAUGCUGAAAAUUUUUGUAAAUGCUCCUGGGCAGUUUUGACAUAUUUCUCUCUGCUGACUCAUAGCUAAUACCUUUCACAGACUUUUUAUGCCCCAGUAAUGUCAUAAAUGUAUUUAAGGUGGCUGAUGUGUAUAACUUCUACUGUUCUUCUUAGGUUUGCAGAAAGUGUGAUUGUUACUGUUCCAAACAUUUGAGUAAGCAGCAGAAUUGAAUGCUCUCCUUUUAGGAAUAACAAUACAUAAAAUAUUAUGAAUUGACUAGCAGAGCAAAGCACAGUAAAAUUCACACUGAAGUUUAGCAGCUCUUAUUUUCCUGUUUCUCCACCUGUAAAAUGGGUACUAAUCCAUUCAUAACUUCUAAUUUCCUUGGCCUCCUGUUUCUCCAUGAGAAAGAUCUCAUUGGCCUGUGUCAUUCUCCAGGCUAAGCUUAUACACAGCCACAUUGUGCAGGGAAACAGAUUAACUGCAAAAUACUUCAGUGUUUUGAGGCAUCUAGCU